AUGAGCAGCAUACAAAGAAAUAAUACGACCACUGUGUCUGAAUUUCUGCUUAUGGGACUCCCUAUACCUCCAGAACAUCAGGGUUUGUUCUUCACCUUAUUCCUGGUCAUGUACCUGGCCACAGUGGUGGGGAACCUGCUCAUCAUCCUGCUCAUCCGGAUGGACUCUCGUCUCCACACCCCCAUGUACUUCUUCCUCAGCCACUUGGCUUUCACUGAUGUCUCCUUCUCAUCUGUCACUGUGCCCAAAAUGUUGAUGGACAUGCAGAGAAUUCACAAAUCCAUCCCCUAUGCAGGGUGCAUGUCACAGGUAUAUUUUUUCAUAUGGUUUGGUAGUGUCGACAACUUACUUCUUGCAGUGAUGGCCUAUGACAGGUAUGUGGCCAUCUGUCAGCCACUACACUAUACCACGAUCAUGAGGCAAAAGAAAUGUGCCUCAUUAGUUUCUGCAUCCUGGGUCUACGCUUGUCUCCGCUCUCUGUUGCACACCCUCCUCUUGGUUCGAGUCAUACAAAGAGAUAAUAAGACCACUGUGUCUGAAUUUUUGCUUCUGGGACUCCCCAUACCUCCAGAACAUCAGGGUUUGUUCUUCACAUUAUUCCUGGUCAUGUACCUGGCCACGGUGCUGGGGAACCUGCUCAUCAUCCUGCUCAUCCGGAUGGACUCUCGUCUCCACACCCCCAUGUACUUCUUCCUCAGCCACUUGGCAAUCACUGACGUGUCCUUCUCAUCUGUCACUGUGCCCAAAAUGUUGAAGGACAUGCAGAGCAUUCACAAGUCCAUCCCCUAUGCAGGGUGCAUGUCACAGAUGUAUUUUUUCAUGUGGUUUGGUUCAGUUGACAACAUACUUCUUGCAUUGAUGGCCUAUGACAGGUAUGUGGCCAUCUGUCAGCCACUCCACUAUGCCACCAUCCUGAGGCAAGAGAAAUGUGUCUCAUUAGUUUCUGCAUCCUGGGUCUUCUGUUCUCUCCGCUCUCUGUUGCACACCCUCCUCUUGAUUCGAGUGUCCUUUUGUGAUAACAUUACCAUCCCCCACUUCUUCUGUGAACUCACUGUUCUCCUGAAGAUGAGCUGUUCAGAUGUCUCACUCAAUGAAUGGUUUCUCUUCAUUGAUGUUGGAACAUUUGUUUUCCUGCCUUUUAUCACUAUUGUUUGCUCAUAUAUUCGCAUAUGGGCCACUGUUAUGAAGGAUCCUUCUGCGAAGAGAUUCUUCAAAGUCCUUUCUACCUGUGGUUCCCAUCUCCUUGUUGUGUCUUUAUUCUAUGGAACCAUUACAGAAGUAUACGUUUUCUCCUCGCCAUCCGUGUCCAGUGCUAAAGAAAUAGCUGCUUCUGUGAUGUAUAUGAUAGUCACCCCCAUGCUGAAUCCUUUCAUCUACAGUCUGAGAAACAGAGAUAUAAAACAGGCCCUAAAAUUAUUUGUUAACAGAAUGAAGUCAUGUAGCUCAAAUAACUUAAUAUGA